AUGGAACCAUUGUUUAUUAAGUGCCUUAAGUAUUUUUAAGUAUUUAAUAUAAUGAAAAGGGUUGUUAUGGUAUAAUAAUAAUAUUAAUAUCUGGUCUAUUGGAGUAAUUUUAUAUACUAAUUAUUAUGUUAUCAAACUUCACUUUUUGCUGAUAGUGUAAAUAAUAAAAAAAAGUUAAUUACUUCAAAAAAUCUUUCAUUUCAAUAUACAGAAGAAUUUCAGAAAAUAAAUAAUAUAUAAACUUGA